GCCGCCUUCUCGGAGCGCGGCAGAAGCAGCAGCAGCAGGGCUUGGCACUCCAGCCGUCCCCUCCCCUUCUCCACAGCCAGCGCCCGGCGGCGCCCUCGUUCGGACGCUGAGCCUGGCGACUGCGCCGCGGGCUCCCUCUUCCGGCCUCCCCGCCCAGCGCCGCCAGGAGGUCCCCUCUCUUCGCACCGCUCUCCGGGCUCCCGUGGCUAAGAGCUGCUGCUGCCCCUCGGAAGGAAGAAGGAACGCCUGCGCAGCAGUGUUCUGCCAGCUGCCCAUUUUACUCUACUCUCUCCUUCCUGAGCAAUGAAGAAAAUGAUCUUAUGCUUUCUUUUGCUGAUCGGACUUUCCACUGCUUCAGCCAGGGAGAGACGCCUUCCAGGGACACUUUUAAGUCAAAGAAAUGAUGUUGCUUUACUGGAACAUUUUUGCAAUAACAAACGGCUGGAUCUUGUGUUCAUAAUUGACAGCUCUCGUAGCGUUCGCCCUUAUGACUUUGAGAAAGUGAAAGAAUUCAUCUUAACCAUCCUUCAGUUUUUGGACAUUAGUCCAGAUGUGACUAGAGUGGGGCUCAUUCAAUAUGGCAGCACGGUAAAAAAUGAAUUUUCCCUGAAGACCUUCAAGAGGAAGCAGGAUGUGGAGAGAGCGGUGAAAAGAAUGAUGCACCUGGCUACUGGUACCAUGACAGGAUUAGCCAUUCAGUAUGCGAUGAACAUUGCAUUCGCAGAAUCUGAAGGGGCUCGGCCACUCAGACACAAUGUGCCCAGAGUGAUCAUGAUCGUGACAGAUGGGAGACCACAAGAUCCUGUUGCUGAAAUUGCAGCAAAAGCCCGGAACUCAGGAAUCCUAAUUUUUGCUAUUGGCGUGGGAAGGGUAGAUAUGAACACCCUCAAGUCCAUUGGGAGUGAACCUUAUGAAGAUCAUGUUUUUUUGGUGGCAAAUUUCAGCCAGAUUGAAACACUGACAUCUGUGUUCCAGACUAAACUUUGUGUUCAACACAUGUGCAGUGAAACUGAGCACGGUUGUGACCAUUUCUGCAUCAACACUCCUGGUUCUUAUGUAUGUAAAUGUAAACAGGGAUACAUUCUGAAUCUGGACCAGAAGACUUGCAGUUCCCAGGAUCUAUGUGAGGUUGAAAAGCAUGACUGUGAACAGAUCUGUGUAAAUACACCUGGAUCCUACGUCUGCCAAUGUUACGAUGGCUAUGAACUUCACGGAGAUGGGAAGAGAUGUUUCAUUGUGGACUAUUGUGCUUUGAAUAACCAAGGCUGCCAGCAUGAGUGUGUUAAUACUGAAGACUCCUUCUACUGUCAGUGCCGAAAAGGGUUCAUCCUCAAUCCAGAUAAAAAAACUUGUAGAAGACCAGACUACUGCGCUUUGCAAAAUCACAGCUGUCAGCAGGAAUGUGUCAAUACAGACGAAUCCUAUUUCUGCCGAUGCCGGCAAGGGUUUACCCUCAAUCCAGAUAAGAGAACUUGCAAAAGAAUAAAUGUCUGUGCUUUGGGAAAGCAUGGCUGUGAACAUGAAUGUGUUAAUGCUGAAGACUCGUAUGUGUGCAGAUGUCGAAGCGGAUACACCCUGAACCGUGACCUCAAAACAUGCAGAAGAAUAGAUCACUGUGCUGAGUACAACCAUGGAUGUGAGCAACUGUGCCUGAACACCAGGGAGUCUUAUGUCUGUCAGUGUUCUGAAGGAUUCAUCAUUAAUGAGGAUCUAAAGACCUGUUCACGAGUGGACUAUUGCCUGCUGAGCAAUCAUGGCUGUGAACAUUUGUGUGUGAAUGGUGAAAGAUCAUACAUCUGCCAGUGCUUUGAAGGAUAUGUGCUUCAUAGUGAUGGGAAAACCUGUAAACGGAGAGAUGUCUGUAAAUCAGUGGACCAUGGCUGUGAGCACCAAUGUGUCAGUGAUGGCACUUCCUAUGUCUGUCUAUGCCACGAGGAAUUUACAUUGCGGGAGGAUGGAAAAACCUGCAGAAGUAAUGAUUUCUGCAAAUCAGUUAGCCAUGACUGUGAGCACCUCUGUGUCAACGAUGAAUAUUCUUAUGUCUGCAAAUGCCAUGAAGGAUUUAUACUGAGGAAUGAUGGGAAGACCUGCAGAAAUCAAGAUGUCUGCAAGUCCACUGACCAUGGAUGUCAACAUGUCUGUGUCAAUAAGGAAGACUCAUACAUAUGCAAAUGUCAUGAGGGAUUUGUACUAAAAGGAGAUGGGAAAACGUGUAGAAGUAAAGACCUUUGCAGGUCCACUGAGCAUGGCUGUGAACACAUUUGCAUGAAUAAUAACAGUUCCUACAUCUGCAAAUGCCAUGAAGGAUUCAUACUGGGAGAGGAUGGGAAGAUGUGCAGAAGAUGCACUGAAGGCCCAGUUGAUCUGGUGUUCGUGAUCGAUGGAUCAAAAAGCCUAGGAGAAAAUAACUUUGAAAUCGUCAAGGAAUUUGUCACUGGAAUCUUGGACUCUCUUACAAUAUCUCCUAAAGCUGCGCAAGUUGGUUUGCUGCAAUAUUCCACUCAGGUCCGCACAGAAUUUACACUGAAACAAUUCAGGACAGCCAAAGAUAUGAAGAAAGCAGUGUCCCAAAUGAAAUAUAUGGGGAAAGGGUCCAUGACUGGCCUUGCCCUGAAGCAAAUGACUGAGAGAAGCUUCACAGAAGCAGAAGGAGCCAGGCGCUUCUCAGCAAAAGUGCCCAGAGUGUCUAUUGUGUUCACAGAUGGACGGGCCCAAGAUGAAGUUUCUGAAUGGGCUACCAAAGCAAAGCAAAGUGGAAUUACCAUAUAUGCUGUUGGAAUAGGAAAAGCUAUCGAAGAAGAAUUGCGGGAAAUUGCAUCUGACCCUCCAGACAGACAUCUCUUUUAUGCUGAGGAUUUUAGUGCAAUGAAAGGGAUUACUGAAAAGCUCCAAAAAAGAAUAUGUGAAGGUCUGAAGGAGCACAAGGAUUUACCAACAGGUGUGCUUCAUUCAAUGGAUUCAUAUUCUGAAGAACCUGAAGCAGCUACCCUAGCAAUCACCGACGUUCUUGCCUGUUCCAAUUUUGCUGUACACCAUAAAUAUCUUUUUGAAGAAAAAAGAUUGCGAUCAACAGUAGCUUCAGGUAAUCCUUCAGAAGACAAGAAGGAUCAAUGCAAAUGUGAAAAACUUUUAACAUUCCAGAACUUGGCAAAUGCCGAAAUUAAAAAACUAACACACCAACUAGAGGAAAUGUCAAAAAGAGUGGAAGUCCUGGAAAACCAAUUAAGAUACCGAUAAAAUGUUCAGCAGAAGUGUGUGGUGUAUAUUUUAUACAUAUGAAGAUAAUGUAUCAAAGCUAAGUACCAGAGGUCCAGCUUUCCAGCAAGAGAAAAGAAAUUAAUGGCUUCAAUAAAGUAUCACAUAAUAUUUUUGCAUUGAAUGCAGAUAGAAUUGCAAGAUCUAAUGUUUUUAUAAAAUUGUGCAAUUUUCUUUUCAACUGAGAAACUAUGUAAUAUAAUAAAAUGGUGCUUUAAAAAAAAAAAAAGUACUGCUGAGCAUUUUAAUCAAGCCAGAAACCUGCAAUACCACUAGCAAAUAGGCCUGAUGUUAGUGCAGACUCUGCGCAGGAAAACAGGUCUCCAACAUUUGGCCUGUAUUGUUAAUACAGGAGCUUGGAGAGAUAAGCAAGA